UUUUCACAUAAAGCAGAAACCACAACAGGAGCAGGUCAGUUGGAGCAGAGGAGGCAGUCGCCAGUUGAGUUGGAGCAGAGGAGGCAGUCGCCAGGCGAGUCAGAGCAGAGGAGGCAGUCGCCGGGCGAGUCGGAGCAGAGGAGGCAGUCGCCAGGCGAGUCGGAGCAGAGUAGGCAGCCCUCAGGCGAUUCGGAGCAGAGGAGGCAGUCACCAGGCGAGUCAGAGCAGAGGAGGCAGUCGCCAGGCGAGUCGGAGCAGAGUAGGCAGCCCUCAGGCGAGUCGGAGCAGAGUAGGCAGCCCUCAGGCGAGUCGGAGCAGAGUAGGCAGCCCUCAGGCGAGUCGGAGCAGAGGAGGCAGUCGCCAGACGAGUCGGAGCAGAGGAGGAAGUCGCCAGGCGAGUUGGAGCAGAGGAGGCAGUCCUCAGGUGAGUCGGAGCAGAGGAGGCAGUUGCCAGGUCAGUUGGAGCAGAGGAGGGAGUCGCCAGGCGAGUCGGAGCAGAGGAGGCAGUCGCCAGGCGAGUCAGAGCAGAGGAGGCAGUCGCCAGGCGAGUCGGAGCAGAGUAGGCAGCCCUCAGGCGAGUCGGAGCAGAGGAGGCAGUCGCCAGGCGAGUCGGAGCAGAGUAGGCAGCCCUCAGGCGAGUCGGAGCAGAGGAGGCAGUCGCCAGACGAGUCGGAGCAGAGGAGGCAGUUGCCAGGUCAGUCGGAGCCGAGGAGGCAGUCGCCAGGUCAGUCGGAGCAGAGGAGGAAGUCACCAGGCGAGUCGGAGCAGAGGAGGCAGUCCUCAGGUGAGUCGGAGCAGAGGAGGCAGUCGCCAGGUCAGUUGGAGCAGAGGAGGCAGUCGCCAGGCGAGUUGGAGCAGAGGAGGCAGUCGCCAGGUCAGUUGGAGCAGAGGAGGAAGUCACCAGGCGAGUCGGAGCAGAGGAGGCAGUCCUCAGGUGAGUCGGAGCAGAGGAGGCAGUCCUCAGGUGAGUCGGAGCAGAGGAGGCAGUCCUCAGGUGAGUCGGAGCAGAGGAGGCAGUCGCCAGGUCAGUUGGAGCAGAGGAGGCAGUCGCCAGGCGAGUUGGAGCAGAGGAGGCAGUCGCCAGGUCAGUUGGAGCAGAGGAGGAAGUUGCCAGGCUAGUUGGAGCAGAGGAGGCAGUCGCCAGGUGAGUCGGAGCAGAGGAGGCAGUCCUCAGGUGAGUCGGAGCAGAGGAGGCAGUCCUCAGGUGAGUCGGAGCAGAGGAGGCAGUCGCCAGGUAAGUCAGAGCAGAGGAGGCAGUCCCCAGGUGAGCUGGAGGAGAGUCCAGCUGGAAAGCUGGUAUGUCAAUGACAUACCUGGGUCUGGCCAGUCAGUGACCUGUGAGGGUGCAUAGUCACACACCUGAAAAAUGUCAGGAUUGAAAGGCCAAAUCCCAGUGGAUUCAAAACCAGCUUGAAUGUUCUUUAUGUGCUGCAGGCAGAGCGGCCUUCACAAUAUUUGGAAUAUCAUAUAUCGUCAUUGCCUUGGCAGGAUUCAUCCUCAUUCACGCAUCACUUGUAGUGUUAACCAUUUUCUUAAAUAGGCCUUAGACACUGUGAUCCAAUGGUUGAAGUUUGUGGCUGCAGUGGGGAGGGAAGGUUAGUAGCAUAAUCCCCUUUUCUUUGCAGAAGUCGAUAGCUUUGACAGAUAUAUGAGAACAGUGAUUGUCCAGCAAAAGUAACACCUUUUCUAUGCGGACAUUUGUGUGUUUUGCAAAGUGAUUAGGGAAUAAUCUCUUGCAUCCAACCUGAAGCGUUUCCACUUCCAGCACUCCGUUGGCCCACUCUGAACAAAGUAUUCCUUGUAACGUUUACGAGGGAAUACAAAAAAGGGGGAAUUGCAUUUCCCACAGCGCAUGCUACUGACACAAGCACACCUCUCUCACCAGAUGACAUCGCACCCACCUGCUUGACUCCACAACGUGCAACAACACGGUCUGGUGACUGGACUGUUGUUACACCUGUUUCAUCCACGUUCCAUAUCCCAGGUAAAAAAGUAGUAUACUUUAGUGUAUUUGAAAUAUGAAUGAAGUACAUGAAUUAUAAAACAAGUAUACUUCUACUUGUUGUACUUUAUUUAAAGAGUAUUUGAUUUGUACUUUUUAAAAGUAUACUUCAAAAAAGAUGUAAUUAAGUUCAACUUAAUAGUCCAGACAGUAAGUAUACUAAUUUAUCAGUAAUCAAAUUAUUUUUUAAAUGUACUUUUUGAAAGUGUACUUUGUUGUUAAUGUAUUUUAAAUUGUAUUGAAGUUUAUUUUUUUUAAGUGUAUUAAAUUUGACAUACUUAGAGUGGCAAUUCAGUGUACUUAUGGGAAGUAUAUAUUUUUUGGAAAUUAAUUGUUAGUAUACUUUUUUUAAAGUGUACUAUGUUCUCACUUCAUUAGAAGUGUGACUUCUGUACACUUUAUACAGUACACUCUAAAAUAAGUGUAUUUUUAGUGGCAUAUCAGAGUACUCUCAUAAAAUAUGUUAAAAUACAAAAAUGUAUAGUGGUAAUUUAGUGUACUUUUAGUAUGUACGCUUAUUUGUAAUACAAAGUAUAAUUUAUUAAAGUGUACACUGAUUUCACUUCAUCUGUAGUGUAAUCUUAGAGUCAGUCUGUUGUUCGUUAUCUGGCUCGGCUCGGUGUUCAUCUUCAGUUCUCUCUUCACAGCAGUUCAGUCAGUGUACUGUUUGAGUACAUGAAUUACUCGGGGAUAUUGGUUUGUUUGAACUCAGAGGGAGUGUCAGCCACAUUAAAAAAGUUAACAGCUUAAGUCAUUUGUGGAUUAAUGCGUAUUGGAGACGCGAACCGUUUAAAACGAUUCAGUUCGAUUUGGUGAACUGGUUCAAAAAGAUCCGGUUACAUCGAAUGAUUCGUUCGCGAACCGGAUAUCACAAACUGCUUUGUUUUGAACUCUCUCUCACAACAGACACGGAAAAGAAGACAAUGCUGAAUAAAGUCGUAGUUUUUGCUAUUUUUGGACAAAAAUGUAUUUUCGAUGCUUCAAAAAAUACUAACUGACCCUCUGAUGUCACAUGGACUACUUUGAUAAUGUUUUUCUUA